AAUUAUUGUUGUUAUGAUCUUGAAAAAUCAUAGUCAGUGUUGUGAGUCAUUUACGUUAUCAUCAUUGUUCGAUAUUUGACUGACGGUUUUCAUCGCAAAUUAUAAUCUUCAUUGUGUUCCAGUCUGUUUACAAGUAUACUGCGAUUGAUGUUUUUUCUGGAAAACAAUGUAUAAACCAUUUCUCCUAUUACUUUGUGUGUGCAGUUAUAAUCCCGCAUAUGGCAAAUCAAAUAAUGAAUUAAGAACAUUACUCGGAAAUUUGGACUACCCGGAUAAAACAAGAACCCCUUUCAUCGUUGAUUCAUCAGAGUUCGAGGGCUUACCUGGUACUCAACAUCGAAAAAAACGAGAAGUACAAUCAGAAAAUGUGGAUGGAGUAAAAAAGGUAAUCAACACCUUGAAUGAUUCCCACAAACAUCUGAUGGUCUAUUGGGUUGGCGAAAAAAGUAGAGUAGUCAUUUGUCUGGCCCGGGAUCCAGGUCCAAUCGUUCCAGGAAUCAGUGUAAAUUCUCCAUCAACUGUUUUUAUAUCUUAUGAUGAUGGAGAUCAUUAUGAAAACAAAACCGAAAACUUCAAGAUGCCUAACGGAAAGUACGCCACAUUGGAUAAAUUUUAUAACCAUCCGAAAUUCCACACACAUUUUGUAUUCACUGACACAAAUUACAAUUUGAUGUAUUUGACGACCGAUCAUGGAAAAACAUUUGAGACACGACGAUUGAAUUUUACCCCAAGUGAAGUUUCUUUUCAUGAAACAAAGCCUUCUAUAUUCUUGGUUUUGGACAAAAAUGACACAAAUAAUCAGCUUUGGGUAACUGAGGACUUUGGAAAAACAUUUAGGGUAGCUCAUGAAUUUGUCAAAUCAUUUUAUUGGAUGAAGGAUACUAGUGAAAACUACCAAUUGAUUGUACAACGAAUGGAGCCAAAUAAUCUCAGUUCAGUGAUUUAUUCUAGGAAUUUAUUCAGGAGCAGAGCUCAGAUUUAUAGUACUAGUGUCAAAGAUUUAUUCUUCAAAGGAGAUUAUGUAUUUACAACCAAGUUUAAUGCUAAGGGUGAAUUAGUCUUAUAUGCAUCUUAUAAGUUGGGCAAACAGCUCCUAUGUUUGUUUGAUUCUGCUCAAAAAUUUCUGAGCUAUUUCAUAGUAGAUGUAACAGAUAGUAGAGCUCUUAUUGCUGUGAGCCAUUCAAAUACAUCUUCAUCGUUAUAUGUUUCUGAAGGUUUAGGAGGCACUGAUGGUGAAUUGCGGUUUAUGUUAUCGUUGGAGAAUAUUUUUGCUUUUUUCCCCUCUGUUACCUGGCAAAACACUUGGUUAACGCAUGUAUCGGAAGAAGCCUUCGUGGACAUUUAUAAGGUUGAAGGAAUUACAGGAAUUUACAUUGCUUCAAAACUGAUUUACCAGCCGGAAAAUAACUCUUUGAAACCGCAACAUCUGGGAUCUCUUAUUACAUUCGAUUAUGGAUCCACAUGGCGUCUUAUACCCGCACCGGCAACAGACAUUUUGGGACAGUCGACAGGCUGUGUGCUGUCCAGAAAUUGUUCUUUACAUUUGAGUCAGAAAUUCAAUCAAAUCUUUCCUGAUACAAGAACGAUCAGCAUUCUCUCUAGUAAAUCUGCUCCAGGAAUUAUCAUGGCUACUGGUGUCCUAGGAAAAAGUUUGAAAGGUCACUACGGUGUGUACAUUAGUUUAGAUGCUGGUCUGACUUGGCAUCAGACUUUACACGAUCUCAACCUCUUCAAUAUGGGGGAUCACGGAGGUAUUUUAGCUGCUGUUGAAUAUUUCAAAAGUAAAGAAGCAACCAGAAAUAUAAAAUAUUCAAUUGAUGAAGGAGAACAAUGGAAGGAAAUUAGUUUUCAUGAUGAAGGGCUCAGAUUGUAUGGGCUUAUGACUGAACCUGGUGAAAAUACAACUGUUUUCACCAUGUUCGGUUCUCUUCCUGCUAAACAUGAGUGGAUAAUUGUGAAAAUUGAUUUGAAAGGGGUUUUCAAUAGGACAUGUUCAAAGCCUGACUAUAAGAUGUGGUCUCCCAGUCAAAAUACAGAAAGCAGAAGCUAUAUACCUUGUAUUCUUGGACAGCAAGUAACGUACGAACGAAGAAUGCCUCAUGCCUAUUGUUUGAAUGGUUUAGAUUAUGUUCGAGUUGUUUCAAAACAAUCUUGUGAUUGUGAUGUUUUAGAUUAUGAAUGUGAUUUUGGAUUCAUAUCAACUGGAUCCCCAUCUCGAUGUAUUCGUGAUAAAGCACUGGAAAAUUACGAUCCCUAUAAAAUUCCGUCUGAUUGCUCUCCCGGUAAAUUUUACAACAGAACCAAAGGCUACCAAAAAAUAUCUGGAGACGUUUGCAUUGGUGGUUUUGAAUCACACUAUUUGCCCGAUUCUGUACCGUGUCCAAUCAAGGAAGUGGAUGAUUUCCUUCUUUUUGCUCAGCGUGAAAAUAUUUCCCGAUAUAACUUUGUUACAAAGAGGUUAGAAGAACUUCCAAUUAAGGAUUUGAAAAACGUUAUUGCUAUUGACUUUGAUAUGUCUUCUAAUUGUGUAUACUGGGCUGAUAUAGCAGAGGAUACCAUCGGCAGGCAAUGUUUCAAUAACGGCAGCUCAAUGGAAAUACUUGUGUCGACUGACUUGUCAUCUAUUGAGGGAAUGGCUUUGGACUGGAUAUCCAAAACGCUUUACCUCGUUGAUGGAUUUCGUGUUAAAAUAGAGUUGAUCAGGACGAAUAUCAAUCACAGCGGACAUAUGCGAAGAACAAUAUUGAACUCUUCAGUUUUGCGGAAGCCUAGAGGAAUAGCGCUACACCCUCAGGCUGGAUACAUGUUUUGGACUGAUUGGUCAGCGGAGAAUCCAUCCAUAAACAGAGCUAACUUGGACGGAAGCAAAAGCAAGACAUUGUUCGGAAGAGAUAAAGUCGAGUGGCCCAAUGGUAUAACAAUUGAUUACAUCGCCAACAGAAUUUACUGGGUUGACGCCAAAAAGGACUAUAUUGGUAGCAGUGACUUACAUGGAGACGGUUUCGUAAAAGUAGUUGCCGAAAACAAGUUUGUAUUUCAUCCUUUUGCUAUUGCAGUCUUUAAGAAUGACAUGUACUGGGACGACUGGGAAAGAAACUCCAUAUUCAGCGCUGAUAAAGAUAACUUCAAAGGUGUCGAAGUAGUACUUCAGCAAAUGCCAGGGCUGAUGGAUUUAAAAGUGUUCGCCCACGGCAUACAGAUCGGUACGAAUAAAUGCAGUAACUCGUCUUGUCCAUACAUUUGCGUUGGUUUACCUAAAAAUAACUUUGCUUGUCUGUGUCCCGAUGGAUUGACAAUGAAGGACGGUAAAUGCAUGUGUCCUGGGAAUAUAACUCCGUACGCAAAUCUAACAUGUCAGGCUAGUGAGAAUACCUGCAGCUCUGAACAUUUCACAUGCAGCAACAACGUCUGUAUACCUAAAGGAUGGAAAUGUGAUGGGGAGGAUGAUUGUGGUGAUGGUUCUGAUGAGAAGCACUGCUUUUCCCAAACCUGUCCUACUUCGUUCUUUAUGUGUGGAGAUGGAAAGUGUCUUCCCAAUUAUUGGAGAUGUGACUAUGAUAAAGAUUGUCCGGACGGAUCAGAUGAGAUUGGAUGUCCCAAACACAAUUGCACCAUUAAUCAAUUCUCUUGUGAAAAUGGAAGAUGUAUCCAGAUGAACUGGAAAUGUGAUGGUGAGAAUGAUUGCCGAGAUGGCUCAGAUGAAAGAAAUUGUAACCCAGAAAGUCCUGUCCAAUGCAAAAGUGAUGAAUUCCACUGUAAAAGUGGUUCCAUACCUUGUAUACCAUUAACUUGGAAAUGUGACACAGACAGUGACUGCGGUGAUAAUUCUGAUGAAUUGGAUUGUGCAAAUAAUACAUGUUCAGAAGACCAAAUUUCCUGUGGACCGCCCAAUAAUCAAUGUAUUUAUAAAAACUGGAUUUGCGAUGGCGAAAGUGACUGCAGCGAUGGUAGAGACGAAGUUAAUUGCACUACACCUACGCCCGAAUCGCCAAAAAAAACAACUCAUUUUGGUGGUGUGAAUGGUACUUGCCAAAGUUGGAUGUUCGUUUGCAAGAACUUUCGUUGCAUUCCGUUCUGGUGGAAAUGUGAUGGUGUCGAUGAUUGUGGCGAUAACAGUGACGAACUAGGUUGCUCCGAUUUUCUAUAUCCUAUUGGUGACCGAGUAACUACAUACAGACCACCCACAUUAUGCGACAAAAACCAAUUCCAGUGUGCCACAGGUGAAUGUAUACUGUCCGCUUGGGUUUGCGAUGGAAGAUUUGACUGCCAUGAUGGUGAAGAUGAAAAUAAUUGCAGUACUUCCAGUAAUUGUUCCACAAAUCAGUUCAAAUGCCGAUCGGAUGGUAGCUGCAUUUCGGCAUCUUCUGUAUGUGAUGGUCGCCCAGAUUGUCCAGACGAAACAGACGAAAGUUUUUGUGAAAAAAAUCUUCCUGAAGCACCAGCCACUCCCAGCUGUAAUAGGGGACUAUUCCCCUGUGAUGGGACUUGCUAUCCUCUUGCAUUGCUAUGUGAUGGAAAAGUAGACUGCAAAGAUAUGUACGACGAGUUCAAUUGUACUGAUAAAUCCAGAAUUUAUCAGGUUAUGCGGAUGGCUGUUGAAGAAAGAAAUACGAACGAUACAUCUAUUUACCUAUACUGGCAGAUCCAGAGUCACGUAGAUGUGGAACUGGAAUUCCAACCAUCUAUUGUGAAAGCCGGUGAUGGAAAAUGGAAAAAUGAUAGUUGGACUCAAAGUCGAGAACACCAAUUCACAAGUUUGGAACCGUUUACGAAAUAUAACAUGACCGUGUAUGUCCGAGUGAAAAACAGCAGUAUGGUAUUUCCACCUGCAGUAUUCCUUGUUUCAUGGACACGUGAAGGCGUUCCCAGUGAACCUUGGAAUGUUACUGCCAAACAGAGAAAUGGUUCACAUAUUUUGGUUUCGUGGAACGAGCCUCUCAAACCUAGCGGUGUAAUUGAAUACUAUGAAAUAUAUUGGAGUUCCGAAACAUCUCUGGAAACAACUUUGAAGCUGACCGGCAAUGAAACAUCCCAUUUACUGUCUACCGACUUUGAACAUGGUACAACCUACACGUUUUCGGUUGUGGCUUAUAACAAAAAAUAUUCCAGCAAUAAAUCGGAACCAGUUACAUUAGUUUUUGAUGGUCACACAAAUGUCACUGUCAUCAAAAACCUUACCGUAACAGAAGUGGAAGAUGUCAUUUCUCUUUCUUGGACGUACGAUGGUCAAGCUGAUGGAUAUAAUGUGGUUACAGCAGCAGAACGUCCUUACCCCAAUUUCCCUUCGCGAGUUACGAAAACAAAUAAUAUUACUUUAAGGUUGGCACCUGGUGCAAACUACCGCAUUGAGGUGAAUGCCUUCAAAAAAGACUUCAUUGGCCCAUCUGCAGUAAUAUCUUUAAGAAAAUCCGGUAAGGUUCUUCCCGAGGUGAAUAUAACACAGUCUAUUGUGCUGAAAGAAAUUGGCACCACUGUUAAACUCAGCUGGGAUCGUCCCAAGUAUUCGAAAAAAGUCAACUGGGUAUAUGGAGUUUAUUAUGGCUUAACAUUGGAUCAACUGUUUGAAAAACCACGAUACACUACCAGUAACCUAACUGCAAGUAUCACUAACCUUGACUCCUGUGAGGUGUAUAUUGUGGCUGUUGGUUUGAUUGGGCCGUUAGGAUACGGACCACUCUCUAGAAAUCUCAAACAGAUUACAACUGCGGGACAUAUUAAAGCCCCACCAAAAAAAAUUGUAGUUAGUCCAGAUGGAGGUGACCGACUCAGGAUGAAGGUGCAGUGGGAGCCGUCAUGUCCUUCCACCACGCCAGAUUUUUACAUAAUUGAGAUCUAUGAAAAAUCCACCACCCAAACCUGGCACCGCCGCGUCAGUGGAAACAGUCUUUCUUAUCGUGUGUUCAACGUCUCUUAUGGCGGAAUUUACAAUGUUAGGGUAGCCACAGAUUAUCCAGGUGCUACUUAUUCGAAGCCUGUAACAUAUGAAGCGCCACCUAUCUUGCCACCGUUCGAAACUAGCGUGUCUCUAGAAAAUAACGGCAGUUAUAAAGUCAGCUGGCUAGAGAGAAAACUGCCCAAUAACAUCGGAAAGUAUUUUUAUGAAGUUUUAGUGCAAGAAGGUAACAGCUUGAAUGAAACGUAUGCCCAGAAGUUUGUUGUAGAUAAACCCCCUUUCUUCUACACCAACUCCUCUCACCAAACCUAUACUUUCGCGGUCAGAAUCCGAACGGGAAAAGGUCUACAUUCACAAGCUUCCGAGCUGGUUAGCAAGGAGAGCACGUACAUAGUGCAGCCAAUAAACAUGACUGCAGUAAUCGUACCAAGUAUACUCGUGCUCAUAGUAUUGAUCAUGGUCAUUGUAUUCCUAGUUAUAAGAAACCGAAGGUUGCAGAGCAAUUUCACUCGAUUUUCUAACUCCCACUAUGAUAGUAGAUCUGAUGCGGCCACCUUUGAUGACCGCACUUUGGAAGAUGACGAGAGUCCCCAGAUUAGAGGAUUUUCAGAUGACGAGCCCUUAGUUAUAGCAUAGUGAAUGUAUAAAAUUGAGGUGCAUGGUCUCUCUUCUGCAGGGGUUCGAAGAGGAUGACAAACUACAUCUGAUGAUUGGUAUGCUGGGGCUUUUUUUAUCAAAAUUCACAACGGUUUUUUCAUUUAGUACAAAAACAAAUAGAAGUGGCCAUAAUUGUUACUUUGUAAAAAAACCUCAGAAAAGUUUUUGCACCAAUUUCAAGUACAGGGUGUGUAAUAUCUUGUUGAAGUAUGUUGUUUCUUGCCUACUUCAUCCGUUUCAGAAUUAUUUAUGUGCUCGAUACUUUUCCAAUUUCAUAAAAAUUGAAUAAUUUCACUUUCAAAUAUUGUAACAAGUGGUUGAUAUAAACUUUCGCUCAAUAAUGAAGUAAAUUCCAACUGAAAACACGAAGUUAUUUUUUUAAUCUUUCAUUUAAGGAUGUUGAUUGAAUGAAAGUUCAGUAUGUUUGUUUAGAAAGAGAUCAUUCAAUUCCUCGCUGUAUAUUCAUUAUUGUAAAUGUGAUAUUCAUAUUUUAUCUACUGAUGUAGUGUGCUGUUACCAAAGUAUUCCUAAUGUUUUGGGAUUGUCUGUCCCUUUGCAUAUAUUUAUUUUUAGGUUUUAUGGAAGAAAUGUUGAAUCAGCUGAUUUCGGGUGGAAAUAAAUAUUCAUUACAAA